GUGAGGAGAGACCGUGGGUCUAGUGAGAAACGUGGUGUGAGUCGAGUGUGAGACGAAUUCUCACAGAGGUGGUGUGAGAAGUGUGAAUCAGUGCCUUAGAAGAAAGAGACCCGAGUGGGCUUGUUGACGAGCAUAAGCACCGGCGAAAGUAUAUAAGUGGAUUUUUCAUGACACACCAUAAAAUUGGAAGUCGAUAUUUAAGUUUCCGCGAAGUGACUUCUAGUUGUAACUUGUGACUUGUGGAACCUGAGGUGGCCUGCCCUGACCUCCGUUGACCCUCGGUGACCUCUGGCGACGAUUUGUGACCUGCGGUGAUCUUUAGCGACUCCGGAGUACACCGGUGAUUUGCAGGGAUUCUUGCUACUCUCGUGACCUACGGUGACCUGAAGUGACCUCUGGUGACCUGUGGUGACCUCCGGUGACCUCCGUUGACCUCCGGCGAUGUCCCAGAGUGUUGACCUCUGUGACCCGCGUCUGCGCCACCACGCGGCCUACUCGCUGUACCGGGACCUGUUGGGGGCCUACCAGGGUCGCGGCGCGGCCCUCGUGGAGAAUGCGCCGCCCGGUAAAAUGGUGACGACCGACAGCGGGGUCACCGCGCACAUACUCAGCAUCAUUCAGAGUCAGACGGGGCCGGACGGACCCGUGGGCGUGCCACCGCCGCCCCCGCCACCGCCCCCGCCCCCGCCAGCGGCCACCAAUGGGGGAGCGCCGCCGCCGCCCCCGCCGCCGCCGCCCCCGCCGCCAGCCAUGCCAGGGGGCGUGCUACAACCCCGGCGAAUUCCCACAGAGCUCGGCCCCCGCGCUCCGGUACAGAGGGCGCCCGGUGAGCCGCCGGCCGUGAUCCAGACCGCGAUGGCCACCAAGGACAAGAAGCCGUUCACCUACCUGCCCGGCGGCAUCGACCUCUCAGAGAUCAAGAGCCCCCGCAUGCAGAAGCGUAUCAUGAUGAAUGCCAGGAUCGGCGGCGCCGGCCGCGGCGGCUGA